CCCACUACUGGGUUGGUUCUCGCUGCGCUCUCACUGUACAAAACGACUAAUUUAAUAUUAAUGAAGUCGUUUAUUGGCUCAUACCCGUGCCAAUCCUAAAGUGCCACUUCUCUAGGUUGGCUGAACCCCUUGUAUAUUAUUACUGGGGACCAAGGCUAAAAGUAAAAAUGUUGCGGAUCCACGGCACUGGGAAAGGCUGAAUGGAAUCAACAUUGAGCACAAAUAAAAUUCGUCAACAUUCAACCGGAGCACCCAAAAUAUUAUCUUACAAAAAUACUGGCUUCUUGUAGUUCUCCGUAGACGUCCCGACCCUCAGCCUCCCCAUGCCUCCAUCUCCCCUCGACGACAGAAUUGUGGUGGCGCUGCCAAGGCCGAUCCGACCUCAGGAACUCCGACUGUGCCUGGACACCAGCUACCUGGACACCACCGUCACCAGCCACGGCAGCAAGACAACGGUCAUCAGCACCACGGUGGUGAAGAUCCGGGCGACCAACCUCACGUAUAUGCCCUCAUCCAACGGCUCAACGCGCUCCCUGUCGUGUGGAUGCAGCAGUGCCAGCUGCUGCUCGGUCACCACCUACGAGAAGGACAGCAGGAACAACCAGCGCCACCAGCAGAGCCACCAGAGUCACGUGAGCCAGGUGAGCGCCAGCAGCCCCAACCUCAGCUAUGCUGGACCCGCCUCUUCCUCCAACCCCAUGGGCAUGGUCCACCAUGAGGCCUUUAGCGACCCCAGUCUCACCUCAGGCCCACCCAAGGCUCUAGGGUCCACCAUCCGGGUCAUCCACCCCAAUGAGCUGGCCAAGAGAAUGGCCAGAUGCCCCAUGGGCCACCUGGUCGGGACGGUCCCGGUCAUCAUCGAUUGCCGACCCUUCAUGGAGUACAACAAGAGCCACAUCCAGGGCGCGGUACACAUCAACUGUUCGGACAAGAUCAGCCGGCGACGGCUGCAGCAGGGCAAGAUCACAGUGCUGGACCUCCUGUCGUGCCGCGAGUCUUCCGGCAAGGACUCCUUCAAAAGCAUCUUCUCCAAAGAGAUCGUGGUGUAUGAUGAAAACACCAUGGAUCCCCAGAGGGUGACCUCCUCGCAGCCCCUCCAUGUGGUCCUGGAUUCGCUGAGGAGGGAGGGCAAGGACCCCAUCGUUCUCAAAGGGGGCCUCAGCUCCUUUAGACAGAACCACCAGAGCCUGUGUGACCACUCCCUCCACCUCCACGAGAUCCUGAACGCCAGCAUGGGCGUCAGUGGGGCCUCCGGCCACACGGGGGCGCUACCUCACUCCAUGUCCCUGCCCUCCACACCGGACAUCGAGAAUGCCGACCUGACGCCAAUUCUGCCCUUCCUCUACUUGGGCAAUGAGCACGACGCGCAGGACGCCCACAAGCUGCAGCGCUACAACAUCAGCUUCGUGCUUAACGUUACCACCCACCUGCCGCUCUACCAUUACGAUACAGGUCUCUUCAGCUACAAGCGGCUGCCCGCAACCGACAGCAACAAGCAGAACCUGCGCCAGUACUUUGAGGAGGCGUUUGAAUUCAUCGAGGAAGCACAGCAAGCAGGGGUGGGCCUCUUGAUCCACUGCCAGGCGGGUGUGUCUCGCUCGGCCACCAUUGUCAUCGCCUACCUGAUGAAGCACACCUGGAUGACCAUGACAGACGCCUACAAGUUCGUCAAGACCCGGCGGCCCAUCAUCUCACCCAACCUUAACUUCAUGGGCCAGCUGCUUGAGUUCGAGGAGGACUUGAACAACGGUGUCACGCCGCGCAUCCUCACGCCAAAGCUCAUUGGGGUGGAGACCAUGGUUUAGGAGGACACACGCCAUUCCUGCUUUAGGAGGACAUCCAACAGGCUACUCUUAAAGGCGGAUUCUGAGAUGGAAAUCUUUAUUUCAGAAUCUCCUAAUCAUGCUCUUUUGGGACUGUCACAGGAGUGCCAAAGUUCUUGAGAUGAGAUACGCCAAAAAUCCCAGCUGUUCCGAACUGGCCGGCUUCCCGGAGGAACAGAAGUGUUGGGGAGAGAAAACGGUCAGUGGGAAGCUGUCUGUGCAUGACAACGGAGGAGCAAAAACAUGGAAGGAAAGGAAAAUAGAUAAAACGCCAUGUUCUGUGGGGACUGAGCAAUUUAGUAGUUAGAGAAACUGAACUCUUCAGGCUCACACUGUGCUGUGGCUCAUGGUUAAUGUUGCAGGCAUGGGGCCGAGCUGGCCGAGGCGGUGCCUGUCAGAAAAGAUGAAGACUUGUUUGGUGUGUUGAUGUUCUUGUUCUAUUUUUAGACAGGAGUUUAUGGGAGUGACCAUGACAAGCCCAAAGUGGCUUACUGUGCAAUAAUUUCUGAGUGGACUGCCCCUGAGAGCUUGAUAUUAUGUGUAUAUAUGGGUAUUCAAUGACGAUUAAACAUUUCCAGCUCGCCGCUGAUUUGACAUUAAGUAAGUUUUUUAAAUUUUUUAUUGUUGUUAUCAAUUCCGUAUUUUUUGGCACAUGCAAUUGUGCUGUUACAUUUGGCACAAAUUAGAUUGACAACAUAGUUUUAUUUUUUUUGAAGUGUCUCUGUGUGUGUAUAUUUGUUUCAUUCUGUUUACUCUUCAAAAAUACUAUACAUGAAAACAUUCACGUUGUCUGUGUUUUUUGUUUUCCAACUGUGUUUUUCCAUUGCCCAUGACCAUCAACCAUACCAUUUGUUUUUAGUAAUACAUUUACUGCCAUAAAGAGCUUUGUACCACAAGUUUACUGAAAGUAGAUAUAUUGCUCCUCAAACAAAAUGGUGGUAAUCCUGUUUUAUAUAUUACUUCAGUUGUAAAGUAGAUUUGAGGACUAUUCUGUGUUUCUUUUUAAAUAAUUUACCCUCGCUUCUAACUUGUCCCUCUUUUAAUGUAGUGUCUAACCUCUCCAGAUAUAUUUUGGUAUAGUUGCCCUUAUAGUGUAUGUUACUACAUUUACCCUGACUCUGAAUGUGACCGAGUAUGAUUUACUACAUUACAAAGUAACACAGUUCUGAAAUGACCUUGAAUUGGGCCUCUGGCAUCAAACGAGACAUUGUAUCAAGGGUCAUGGUUAAAAGUCAGAACUGUCGUAGAAGGAAGGUACUGUAACCCCUUUCUAAUAUUUUGAAACCUCCCAGUCCUGCCUCUAAGCUAAGCUAACGGGGAGCUCUUGUUCUGCCACUUCGUGUAACACCAAGCUCAGUACUAGUGCCUCUAUCUAUGCCUUAACUAACACCUAUCUUUUCUCCACUGGAUCUUUUUGCGGCACUGUACAGUACAGGCCAUCAUCGCAUGCAGACAGAAGCAGCCGAGCAGGCUGGGGUCGACUACACGGCCUGCGGAUGCAAACCAAACCUUCAGCAGCAGCAGUAGUCAACUCUGUGAUACAUUCAAAAGGAUAUUAAGGCAGUUUGCACACAGUUUCACUCCAAAGAGCCUGUCACAGCAUUUGUUUUAAAACCAAAUUUCACUAAUGGAAUCUGUGCUGCUUUGGUUUUUAAGGCACUUUGGGCUAUUAGGCCUUUAGAUAAUGUGUAUUUUAAAAUGACUUUGAUCUGGUGCUGAAUCUGAUAUUUGAAAGGAGAAUUGAGAUCCUGAGCAACUUAUAGUCCAGGCCUCUUCCACACAGGCUGUGCUGAAGCAGAAAAGUCUGUUAUGAUGGCUGUGUGUGUGACCCCGCGCUGAGCUUUUGAAUCUCAUCAAAGGCGAGUCACUGAAAUGUUUCCUUGCAUAAUGCAUGCUGUUUCAAACAAGGCGAUGUGCAGCCACUUAGCUGCUAAUUAUGUUGAUGCUCAGUUUUGGCCCCAACUAGCGUUAGCAUUAGCGUUAGCGCGACAACAAACAAUGGUGGACUAUACAACAAAAGACAAAACAGGGUCCUAUUCAAUAGGGCAUGCAAUGUUUAAAUAUUUUCGCAACAGAAAAUGGAAAUUCGAGUUUUCAUUGGAUAAGGGGGUCCGGCCCGCAAGGGGGUCCAAAAUUGGGCGGGAUAACUCAAUAUUCUUUAAAAUGACUAAAACCAAAUGGAAAUUAGAAUGGACCUACAUUUAUACAGUUUCUUGACGGUAUCCAGCUCGCUAAUAUUCACCAAAAUGAAAGCUAGACAGUCAGGGAGUAUCGAAAAUUCGAAAAACGAUGGAUAGAUUCAAAUUUUGGAUAGAUGCAAAUUUAGAUGCAAAUUUUUACGCCGUGGAAAUAUAACACAUUUUCAGUGCGGCACUCCGGAUCUCGUUGAAGACCGGCCCGGGGCAAUUUUUUUGGGACACCCCUGAUUUAGUGCUUGAUGAAUAUACUAGUGGCUGAAUAAAUGAGGAAAAGUAUACUUAAAUAUGCUUUGCACGCGCAAUCAUAAUAUUUGUGUGGCAGUGUCCUUGGGGUUUGAACUGAAGUUACUUUGCAUAUAGGUUAUAUACAUACUGUUGCUACUGCUGCACCAAAAACCUCCUGAUUAUUCAUCGUAUAGUCCUCUCAAGAAAACAUUUGAGAGUUGAGGGAGACUACAAGACAAAGUAAGCAAAUUGAGGUGCUCUUUAGGAGAUUGCACAGCUAAAGAGAGUACAAAGCAUUUAUCUAUCCACAAAAUAUCUAUGUAUAGGGGUAAUAAAUUAUAUUUUUUGAAUUCUCACCUAUUCUUCCUGUCUUCAGUUGCUAUGAUCAUUUACAGUACAUUGGUGUAUAUUGGUGCUAUACAAACACUGUACGUGACAGGUCUUCAAAAGUUUGCCACAUGUUUGUAGCUUGUACAUUUACAGUAUAUGAAAUGAUAACCAUCUGCAAAAAAAGUACACAUCUGAACCCAUUAAGUAAAAAAUAUAAACCCCAUUUCUCUUCCACUGGUUUCCAAACUUGUUCCCUAUCGGCACAUCUUUGCUUUUCAUUUGUAAUUACAGUCUGGUAUUUGAUUGAUAAAUGUUACUGUUGUACAUUCUUCUUCUCUGGUUGGAAAACAAAGCAUGUGUGUUGAGUGUCCCCGGUCGGUUCACGAGAGACGCUCAUAACUCUCUACUGUCUGUCCAAUGAUGCUCUCUCACUGUGGAUGUCGAGCUUUUAUGCCUCGUUCCAAAUGGCACUCAAUAUCAGCGAUUUGGGGGAUUUUAGUUUCUUGUUAAAAAAGACUGUAAAAUGACCAGGAAUUCAGCUAUAAUGGGUUUACUUUAGGACAUCUGUUCCCAAGUAUUCCCACAAAUAGAAAAAUCGUAUCGCAAUGUAAUCAAUAUAUUAAAUUAUUGUUCUUUUCAAAUGCAAUCUCUUUUUGGGUUUAGCUGUGGUCAAUUUGCAGUUUACAAAUUAUUCAAAUUAUGUUCCGUCCCCCCUCUGACAAAAAUCAGCUCGCGGCUGAAUCUAUUUGCCUACCCAUGCCCUACAUAGUGCACUUCUUUUGAUUAGACUUGUCGAAAGGAGUGCAUUAAAUAGGGAAUAGGGUGCCAUUUGGGAGGCAAAUUUUGUGUCUCUCGCCAAGGCGGUUUUGAGUGACAGCUCCCUGAAAGGGAUUCUGGUGUAUGGCUUUUAUUUGGAAAGACACCUCUGUAUUAGAACCAUAUAAAACUGUCAUAUUUGAUUUGGGACUGUUUAUGGCUAGACCUGUUUAAGAGUUUCUGCUUUGGGCUCGGAGACUCUGGGGAGAACAGGGGGGUCACUAUACAAGUGUAUGUACUUUAACAGUGAGUGUGUGUCUAUAGUUCCGCAGUUAAAGCAUAUACUCUAUAUUCACAACUUUUCUAUGCAUAAAUUUAUAUCCAUUACUAUUUUUGCACUGACCUAUGGAUGGACAGCUGGAUUUUAUUUUUUCACAAAGGGUGCUAUUAUAAUGGAGGCCUUCUCCCGGACAACACCUUUUUGCAUGACCUGCUUAAUAUUCCCCCCUAUGACGGAUCUAUGACUAUGAACCUCUCCUCCUCUCUAUUCUUAAACAGUUGUGGUUUAAGCACUGUCAUUUUGUAAUCCCUUCCCUACUUGUAAGGUUUAAAAUAAACCGAGGCUAAAAGUUUUA